UCGACGACUCUCUUCUGCUUUUCUCCCGUGUACUCCUCCUGAAGAAGAGAAGAACCUGCAGAGCCCAUGGGAGACGCGAGGGUUUUCCCGAGCCUCCGGCGCGGUCCAAGGCGGGGACCAUAGCGAGGAUCCGCUUGGAGAACUUCAUGUGCCACAGCAGCCUCCAAAUCGAGCUCGGCGACUGGGUCAAUUUCAUCACCGGCCAGAACGGAAGUGGGAAGAGUGCCAUACUGACGGCGCUAUGUGUUGCCUUUGGAUGCCGAGCUAAAGGUACUCAGAGGGCUUCCACAUUGAAGGAUUUCAUAAAAACCGGUUGCAGUUCGGCUCUCGUUCAAGUUGAUUUGAAAAAUUGUGGAGAGGAUGCGUUUAAGCCCGAAAUAUAUGGAGAUAUAAUUACUGUAGAACGUCGGAUUUCUGAAUCUACUGGCUCUAUGGCAUUGAAGGAUUGCCAAGGAAGAAAGGUUGCUAGUCGGAAAGAGGAGCUUCGUGAACUUAUUGAACACUUUAAUAUUGAUGUAGAAAAUCCAUGUGUAAUUAUGAGUCAAGACAAGAGCAGAGAAUUUCUGCAUUCUGGAAAUCCCAAAGACAAAUUUAAGUUUUUUUUCAAGGCCACACUACUUCAGCAAGUAAAUGAUCUUCUUCAAAAUAUCCGUGAACAUUUGGAUUCAGCAAAGUCCCUUAUUGAGGAAUUGGAGGCUACGAUAGAACCUAUAAAGAAGGAACUCAAUGAGUUGGUUGACAAGAUUAAAAACAUGGAGCUCGUGGAAGAAAUUUCUCAGGAGGUACAACAACUGAAGAAGAAACUUGCAUGGGCAUGGGUAUAUGAUGUAGACAGGCAACUAAAGGAGCAAAGUUCAAAGAUUGAAAAGCUGAAAGCUCGUAUACCUGCUUGCCAAGCCAAAAUUGAUGAGCAACAUAAUAUCCUGGAAAGGUUGAGGGAAUCUUUAACUGAGAAGAAAAUGCAGAUUGAGCAUCUGAUGAUAAAAACAUCCGAAGUGAAGAAGAAAAAGAGUGAAUUGCAGCAGCGUCUUUCGUUGGCUAAAAGAGAGCGCCAUGAGCUCCGCGAGGAGCAUAGUCGCUCGACCAACCAUAUCCAAAAGUUGAUCAAGCGUGUUCAGUCACUUCAACAGCAAAUUCAGGAGAUGCAGGAGCAACAUCUUCAGAGCACACAGAAUGAAGAAUUUGAGCUAGAAGCAAACGUCAGGGAAAUCCAAUCCCAGAUUGAUGCCGUGAUUUCAAAACUUAGAGGGUUGAAUGAAGAUGAAAACGCCUUGUCUGACAAAAUUCAAAGGGAAAUGGAUGAUAUGCAAAAGAUCACAAAUGAGAUUGAAGACCUAGAGAAGAAGCAGCGUGAGGUCUCUACUAAUAUCCGUGAACUCAAGCAACAUAAAACCAAUAAGGUUACGGCUUUUGGUGGAGAGAGGGUAAUCCAUCUUUUACGUGUUAUUGAAAGACAUCAGAGCAAGUUUACAAGAGCACCAAUUGGUCCCAUUGGCUCACAUUUGAGUUUGAUCCAUGGUGGCCAAUGGGCUCCAGCUGUUGAAAAUUCCAUCGGGAGGUUGCUCAAUGCUUUUAUUGUGACAAACCAUAGAGAUUCCCUUGUUUUGAGAGGAUGUGCGAAGGAGGCGAAUUAUAAUAACCUUCAGAUCAUCAUAUAUGACUUUUCAAGACCAAGGUUGACUAUACCACAUAACAUGCUUCCACAGACUGAGCACCCUACAACUUUUUCUGUUUUACGGGCAGACAGUGACACUGUGUUAAAUGUCUUGGUGGAUAUGGGUUCUAUUGAGAGGCACGUGCUUGUCAGAGAUUAUGAUGAGGGGAAGAAAGUUGCUUUUGACCAAAAUAUCACAAACCUGAAGGAGGUUUACACCCUUGAUGGUUACAAAAUGUUUUCUCGGGGAUCUGUCCAAACAACACUUCCUCCAAACAAGAGAGCAAGGACAGGUCGUCUCUGUGGCUCAUUUGACGAUCAGAUUGAAGAUCUGCAAAGAGAGGCACAGAGAAUGAAAGUACAAGCUGAUCAGUGUAGGAAGAGGAAAAGAGAUGCAGAGUCUUCUGUCCGUCAUCUUCAGGAUAAUCUUCAGACUGUAAAGAGGAGGUGCAAAAGUGUGGAGAGGGAUUUAGCAUCUAAGAAGCUAGCUCUGGAAGACUUGAAGAAGGCAAAUGUUGUCGAAUCUAGCCUAUCAACAUCAGAUGUUGAUGAGCUGCAUCAAGAAAUUUCAAAAGUGCAAGAUGAGAUACAAGAAAAUGAAACUCUGCUGGAGAAAAUCAGUCUCAAAAUGAGUAAUGUGGACGAGAGUGCUCACAAUCUUAAGCUAGCAUUCGAGGAGUUAUGUGAAUCAGCAAAAGUGGAAAUUGAUGCUCUCGAAGAUGCAGAGAGAGAGCUAAUGAAGGUUGAAAGUACCACUAGCUCGGUGGAAGCGGAAAAGACCCAUUAUGAAGGUAUUAUGAGUACUAAAGUCCUCAGCGAUAUCCAAGUGGCAGAGGCACAGCAUCGAGAGCUUGAACAUAAUCGUACGGAGAAUUGCAGAAAAGCUUCCAUUAUAUGUCAAGAGAGUGAAAUUGAAGCUCUAGGAGGCUGGGAUGGAUGUACCCCAGAGCAGCUUAGCACUCAACUGAACAUGCUUAAGCGAAGGCUUCAGCUUGAGAGCCAACAAUAUUCUGAAUCAAUCGAUGAUCUCAAAAUCUUACAUGACAAAAAGCAGCGGAAAAUUGCACGGAAGCUGGAAACUUAUGCAGGUUUACGGGAAAGGCUGAAUGCUUGCGAAACAGCCCUCAAGUUGCGAUUGGACAAAUUUCAAAGAAAUGCAACCCUUUUAAAGCGACAACUGACUUGGCAAUUUAAUGCACAUUUAGCAAUGAAAGGUAUCAGUGGGCAGAUUAAAGUCAGUUACGAAGAAAAGACAUUGUCAGUAGAGGUCAGAAUGCCCCAAGAUGCAUCAAGUACCACUGUACGUGACACCAGAGGACUUUCAGGUGGAGAACGAUCUUUCUCGACACUAUGCUUUGCACUGGCUCUUCAUGAGAUGACAGAGGCUCCAUUUCGAGCAAUGGAUGAGUUUGAUGUGUUCAUGGAUGCAGUCAGUCGGAAAAUCAGCUUGGACACUCUUGUUGAUUUUGCGUUAGCACAUGGGUCUCAGUGGAUUUUCAUAACACCUCAUGAUAUUAGCAUGGUAAAACAUGGAGAGAGGAUAAAGAAGCAGCAGAUGGCAGCUCCUCGUUCUUGAUUAGUCAUACAUAAUUUCAGAUUCUAGAAGCUGACUCAGGAGUGAAGCCAGGGCCAUGAGCAUAUUUUAAGAAGUAGCUAAGUUGCCUGAACGGGAACACUAGUACUCUGCAAAUGGACUGCGAAAAAAAUGGAUGAUUAAGGCGUCUUUCUAAGUCCAUCUACAGCAUUCAUGGCAAGGGUUAGUUAAGAGAUCUGGGCACAAACUUCUGGAUGGAGACUUUAUUUGGGUGACAUUCUGAUUUGUGCGGUUCAACAGAUGUUUUCUAGCCCUUCUCUCAAGCGGAGUGGGAGGUUCCGUUCUCAGUUUUUGGUAUAUAUAGGAUCCGAACUCUCCAAUUGUUAUUUAUGAUGUUAGCUUAUUGUUUAAAUUUUCUUACGACCAUACUCCAUGUUUUGUGGUUGGGAAAAGUGCCAAAAAGUCCUAAACCUUUUGGCUUUGUGUCGAUUUAGUCCUAAA